GAGCUGUAGCUCACGAAAGCUUAUGCUCUAAUAAAUUUGUUAGUCUCUAAGGUGCCACAAGGACUCCUGUUCUUUUUGCGGAUACAGACUAACACGGCCGCUACUCUGAAACCUUGGUUUAGAUCCGCACCCUGGGACAAAAAUCAUUCCCAGGAAAUGAGGACGAAGCAGAGAAAGAGCCAGGACCAUUUUUAGCAAGCAGAUCCGGCUGCCUGCAGCCCGCCCCAUUUCUGAGCACCAAUCGCUUCUCAGGGCAAAGAACUGCUCCCCCAGCCCUGUUCCUGCCCCCUUGGCAGUUUUGCUCAGCUGCUGAGGAGGUAGGAUGGGGAAGACGGUGCGGGAUCACCUCGUGGACACCCUGGAAGAGCUGGGGCAGGAUGAGUUGAAGAGGUUCAAGGCCAAGCUGAACGCGUUCCCAGUGAAGGAGGGCUACAGCAACAUCCCCCGGGGCCGGCUGGAGAAAGCUGAUGUCCUGGAUGUGUGCGACAAGCUGAUCAGCUACUAUAGGGAGGAGUAUGCGGUGGAGGUGACUGUGAAGCUCCUGACAGACAUCAAUGAGCGGGACCUGGCAGACAGACUCUGCAAGGCCACAGGGACUGGUUCCAGAGGCGAGGGGCAGCAGCCAGUGCCAUCCGUUGGUGCCACAGGAAAGGAAGAGGGGCAUUUUGUCGAUCGAUACCGAGUGCAGCUGAUUGAACGUACCACCCAAGUGGAGCCCAUUCUAGACCUUCUUCAUGGGAAUGUUCUGGACGACGAGCAGUACCAGAUCAUUCGAUCCGGGAUCACCAGUCAGGAGAAAAUGCGGAAGCUGUAUCUACUAAUGCCAAGCUGGAAUAAAGCGUGCAAGGACCAGUUCUAUGAUGCACUGAAAGCCAAGAAUAAGUUCCUCAUUGAAGACCUUGAGGGAAAUUAAGACAACCAAGAAGUUAUAUUCCUUGUGAACAUGCAUCCAUUCCAGGUGCACGGGACCCUAGCUCUAGCUUCCACAUGGCUUUCUGGGCAGGGUGGUGCUUUCACCCCUUUGCUAACAUUGUUUCAGGGUAAAAAAACCUCUUUCCAGCGCUCCCUUUGGUGGACUGGAUGAGCCUGUGACGUGAUGCAGCAGUGAGGUGGUCGCUAAGGACUGUCUACACUGCAACGGCUGGCCCGUAUCAGCUGACUCAGGCUCACGAGGCUCCGGCUAAGGAGCUGUUUAAUUGCAGCGUAGAUGUGCGGGCUUGGGCUGGAGUCUGGGGUCUGGGACCCUCCUUCCUCAUGGGGUCCCAGAACUCAGGCUCCAACCUGAGCCCAAACAUCUACAAACGCAAUUAAACAGCCUGAACCUCAUGAGCCUGAGUCAACUGACAUGGACCAACCACGAGUUUUUAAUUGCAGUGUAGACAUCCAUUAUUGGCUUUAGGGUAAGUACAUGAUGGAUGGGAUACCAGUAAGAGAAUGGAGCAGAGCUCUAAGGUGCUUAAAGGCUGCACGGGGAUUGCUUGCCAAGCUCUGAAAUGGGGGUAUUACUCAGCAGCUCUGCACAGGGAUCACUCACCCAGUGCUGAAAUGCAUCCACCUCUGGGGUGCAGCAUGGCAGCAGAUUAACAGAUGCAUGGCAAUGCCGCACAGGGCUCAAUCAUGUAUACCUGAAAUGCAGCUGCCUCUGGGGUGGAUUAUAUGUGCUGGAUUUUAUGAAAACUGGACACCACAGUGAAACCAACAUCUUACAGCAAAUGGUGUGUGGCUACAUGGACAAUGGGGGAGUUGCACUCUAGCACAGUGGUGCACAAACGGGGGGGGGGGGGGAACACCCCCCUAGGGGGGCACGGAGGAACAUGCAGGGAGGUGAGUAUUGAUGCCAGGUGGCUCAUGUCCACCCCCUGACUCAUCUCAGCAGGCCGCCCAGCCUGUGGGUCAGCGUGCUGUGCCAAUUUCCAGCCCCAGCAGCCUCUGCACCCAGCACUGGAUCUUCCCCCAGGCGCCUUCCCCAACCCUGAAAACCUGAGCGGAGAGGGGCAGGUAUUGGCCCUGCCCUAGCAGGGCAGCCUGGUUGCAAGGUAGAAGCAGCCCGCGGCAGAGGAAGCUUUGGCUGGGUAGUAACAGGGGCGGCGGGGUGUGGGGGGCGAAGAGAAGACACGAUUCCAUUAAUGGUAAGGGGGUAGGGGACGCAACCGUAAAAAUCUUUGCACACCACUGCUCUAGUAUCUAGAACUGCUGGAACUCCAGCCAGCGUCCCAUCCAUCAUGCACCUCCACAUGAUCCUUUAGCGCCCACCCCUGCAUCUCACCACAGACACUUCGGCUGUGGCUACACUACAGAGCUUGCAGCUGCGCCACUGUGGCACUGACACUAAGCAGAAUGGAAGAGAGUUCUCCAGUCAACUUAAUUACUCCAGCCCCAACAAGCAGCAGUAGCUUCUCUUGCUGGCCCAGCCCUGUCCACACCAGCACUUAGGUCAGUACAUCGCUCGGGGGGGGGUGGUUUAUGCACACUCCUCAGCGACAUAACUUAUACUGACAUAAGCUGCAGUGUGUACAUAGCGUCUGUCUUUGUCUACAAGAAGAUCUCAUUCAAGUAUCUACCGAAAGGAUCACUGUGCUGGACCAAAUUCAACCUCACAAUUCCUGCCAAGGCUCUGACUUUGUCUUACUAAUUCCUCACCAGCUACCAAGAACUCAGGGGCCUGUUCUUGGUGUGGUGGUUUUGUGUUUUUAUUGGGGCGGGGGGGGGAGCGGAAUUAAAAUCACAGUAAUGGAAGAGACCUCGAGAGAUCAUCAAGUCCAGUCCCCUGCACUCAUGGCAGGACUAGGUAUUAUCUAGACCAGCGUUCGCCACUAGCCGCAUGUGGCAAAUAGGCUAUGAAUUGUGGCUAAUGCAUGUGACUUUUUUAUAAUGUGGCUUAAUGUGGCUUUUUUAUAAUAUGACUAAUAAGAAAAAUUCUAAACCACAAAUGUGGUUAGCAGUGUGGCUAGCAUCAAAUUUCUAUUGGACGCCACUGAUCUAGACCCUUCCUGACAGGUGUUUGUCUAACCUGCUCUUAAAAGUCUCCAGUGAUGGAGAUUCCACAACCUCCCUAGGCGAUUUAUUCCAGUGUCUAACCCCCUGACAGUUAUGCAGUUUUUCCUAAUGUCCAACCUAAACUGCCCUUGCUGCAAUUUAAGCCCAUUGCUUCUAGUCCUGUCCUUAAAAGAUUAACAGGUUUUCUCCCUCCUCCUUGUAACAUGGUUAAAGGUGAUUUUGCCCAAACUCUAUAUUUUUAAAAAAUAUAUAUACAUUUGUAUUUUCUCAUAAAAUGGGAAACCAGAAACUAUGUCCACAAAUAAAGCUAGAAGUGCCUCCCAGA